GUGACAUUAAUCUCCGUCUGUGGAUGCUGUGGAUGCUGAGGAGCCCUUCACCUCCAGGUUUACCUUCAUCCGGAGCAAAGUGUCUCAGAUCCUAGUGGACCAGGAGCGGGAUGAGGCCGACAUAGUGAUCAGGGAGCUUCUCCUCCUCCUCCUUCCUCCUCCUCUUCCUCCUCUUCCUCGUCCCCUUUCUUCCUCUCCAGGAGCGCAGCUGCCGGCGGAGCGAUGAGGAACCCAGCGGCCGGAGUCGCCCUGACAUUGUGGCUGUUUCUGGAGUGUGUAGAAGCCAAUAAGUACUGCUGGUAUUUUGAAGGAGGAUAUCCCAUCUACUUCAUAUGUCGCUCCUAUGAGGACUGCUGUGGGACCCGCUGCUGUGUCAGAGCCCUGUCCAUCCAGAGACUAUGGUACCUGUGGGUUCUGCUGAUGAUGGGCGUGUUGUUCUGCUGCGGCGCCGGAUUUUUCAUUCGCAGGCGGAUGUAUCCGUCCCCUCUGAGAGACGAGCCGGCCUUCAACGUCUCCUUCACCAGACACCCCGUCACCACUCCAGUUUCCCAGCAGCCGGGGAGCAUGCAGGGCUUCGGGGUGAACGGGAUGACGGGAGGCGACCCAGGGGGGGUCACCACCAUGACGCACCCGACGUACCCGGCCCAGCCCGGCUCCACCCACAUGAUGAUGGGUCCCUACCCUCCGCCCCCGUCCUACUGCAACCACCCGCCGCCGUCCUACGAACAGAUUUUCCAAAACGGAGACAAGAAGUAACGCGUGGGACGAGAGAGAGAGAGAGAAGAACUCAGGUCGAUCCGUCAGACGGAGGAAGAGGAAAUGGAAAAAAAACACAAACUCGUGUCCUGUGGAAAAAGACCAAAAAGAGGCACAAGAAGCAGACAUGCACCCACUCACUCACUCACUCAUUCAUUCAUUCAUUCAUUCUCUCUCUCACACUCACCAAACCUGGAGGAGGAGGAUUUAUGUGGACCAGGUCCAGGUUCUGACUCCGCCGUCCCCCCUCCCAGCUGGAACCGUGUAACAACACGUCAUCGUCUCAAAUUUAAACGUGUGUGCGAGUUGUGUUUUAGUAAAAUUCUGGAUACACACGCUCUAAAAAAUAUUUAAAAUGAAGCACGCAUCAGUGAAAAGACGUCUCCUGAGGACCGAGUGUCCAGACGGGACUCGUUUUUCCAUCCAGCGUUUUACUGCAACACGGACUCGUUACUUAAUGAUGAGCUCCUGAUGCAUUUUUCAUUGCAGGAUGCGUCGUGUGGUUAUGUAAAGACACUAAUGAGCGGCUGCAGCGUUCGCUGGCUCGUCCUCCACCUCCACAUGUUCACAUGUUCAGUUGUUUUUGUUUGUGACCGGCCUGUAAAUGAGCUCCACGUUUGUUCUCCGCCUUCAUUCACCGGGUCCCUCGCUCGUGUUGUCUGAUGAGUGACAUGAGACAACAUCGCUGUCGACCGAAUAACUGUCAUGGCCGCCUUCACGGUGCUGACCAUUGAUUUGGUCACGGCGUACUUAUCCAUGUAGCACUUUUAUUUAACCUUCUCUCCGUCAGGCCAUGAACUGAGCCGUCACUCCCAGACAGUCGUGAGACUUGAAUCAGUGGAAGAGUUAGACGGUGUGAACCGUCCCGUUCCUCCCGUUGGUCAGACUGGUAGGCGGUUUACACUUCUGCGUUAAGUUGACGCCCACGUCUCCAGAAACGUAACUACGCAUCGCAGCGACGCAGACUGCACGAGCUGUGACUGGUCCUUUUGUUAGUAGCGUGUUUACGCUUUGAUAUAAUAUCUCCACAAUGAGCGUUUUGGAUCGAUAAAGAACCGGUAAGUUUAACUGAAGAAACUGAAGCAGGAAGUGGAAACAAAAAUGCAUCUUAAAAAAAAAAAAAACAACACAGCGCCCACUAGUGUUUGGGUGGAGUUCGCACCAGCGUAGGUUACGUACGUAAGUUAAGGCAGUGUCUUAAAAUCCCCUAGAGUCUAGUGUCACAGGGAUAUGUUAAAUAAAUGGAGGGCGGAGCCAUGUCAUCAUUGACCCACUGGUGAUUGGUUAACGCUGCGCUUUGCUCCGCCUCCACCGGUUACUAAGAAACGUCUUAUUAUGUGCUAAACGUGGAGCGGUUGUCAGAGGCAACCGUCAGUCAUGAUGCUAACGUCACAUCCUGUUUUUAUUGCGUCAAACAACUAAAAGGUACAUACAACAUAUAUCAAACUAAUAUUAAACUUAUUUUAUGACCUAAACUGCAGCCACCAGGGGGAGCUCCGUAUGCUUUAGAGGAUUUAUUUUAUUUUUUUUUUUUACAGACCAUGGUGUGAACGCGUUAGCAUUUUCUAAUUGCACGCUAGUAAGCCUAGUAAUCCCUCUUUUUAAAAAAUAUGUACUGAAGGUCAAGAGAAAAAGUGUGAAUAACUAGCGCCAGACUAGUCUAGUCCAGUUAAUCUCCAUGUGACCCAGCCCUCGUUAUGGAAGAAGUAUUUAGAGCAACGUUAAAUAAAUGAAAGCACUGUUGAAGGAACAACUUGCCAAAAGAAUGUACAUCUGUACAUUAUUUAAUAACUUUUGAAUGAGUGGGAGAGGAAGCAUGUGGCGGCUGUGUUGUGUGACGGUGAUGUCGCUCCAGGUCUGCAUUGUCCAAUCACCAUUUUUGAAGUUUAUCCUCCACGUUUCUGCAACAACAAUCCUCCACAAAUACAGUAAAUCAUAGCAUAGUGGUAACAGAGGUUUGGUCAAUCAACUUUAAUUUAUAUAUGUAAAUAAACCACGACAUGUCUGUGAAGGUCCUCAGUUAAACGCUUUUUGGAUAAACUCUGACAUAAUCUGGGAUGGUGAACAAUAUUUCACCAACAUAAACCUCCCACUGAUCCUUUAUUGAUCGACUGAGGCGUUUUUGAGUUGUUCCAAGUUUUAAAGCUAAACAAUCGAUUGUUUUAACAGAACUGAACAGACACGGUUCCUUUUAUUUAUUUAGAUUUAUUUUGCAACUUGCAUGAAAAAAAAGGAAAAGCGAUUUGUAAACUGCGUGCACGGAUUGCCAGGAUUUUAAAGCUGGGGUUUUGAUGAAAUUUAAGUCCUAAUUAUGCAUAAGCUAAAGGUGGAAGAGCCAUUAUUUUGUACAUCCAGUGGUCUGACCUUAUGGCACCAGAUGUGUAGAUGUAAACAGAUUUGAACAACUGCUGCUAGUUUGUGGUCCGUGUUCAGUUUUGCCGUUUCAUGAGGUUUUGGAGGAGAUGUAGCUCCUGCCCUGGUCUAUCCUGCUCCUCAGACAGUUUCACAGUGAACACCUGUAGUACACAUCUGUGUAGGUAACUUACGAGACCAUUCUGACCUGAAUCUGUUCGCUGGACUCCCACAAGAAACCAACUUCUUUUGAUUCUGAAGAGCAGAGCACAAUAUUAGAAAGGUAUUCAGUUCAUUUUUACCAAACUAUGCAACAGGUACUGUAACUGGAAACGCUGUUUUCUUUAUCCUCUCAGUGUUAAACUCUUCUCCUUUUCAUCUGCCUUGAGGCUUUCAACAUGAAAUGUCAUUAUACAUUGUGAAAUAUGUAAAUAAACGCCACUUCUGAUAAAAAGGGA